GUCUUUCGGGCGCCUGCGUGCCUCGCCCUCGUCGCCACGGCUGGGUCCGACGGGGCAGCCGUGGUGGAGUUCGCCCGAGGCGACUUCAAGUGCGUGCUGUGCAGGCUGUGGAAGUCUGCAUGCUUCAAGGCGAGUGUCGAGCCGAAGGUGCCAUCCCGCAGCGUGCGUGAGGCGCCACCUUGGGCGAAGGGUAAGGAGGUCACGGCGGCGAAGACGAGGAUCCAAGAGCUGGAGUCAGAGGUGGCACGGCUCGAGAAGGCGUCGGCAUCGGCAGUGGGCGGGUCCUCGCACGCUGCUGACAUGGAGGUCGACGGAGGUGGGGUCACCGCCCCGACGGACGCCACCGCUGAGAUGGAGAAAACGGACGGCUGCAAAAGGGACCAGGAGAUUGAGGAGAAGUUGCAGACUUUGUCGCACAGAGUCAAGCUUGGUGAGAAGAAGGUCUCGGCGAUGCGAGAGCUAGUCCAGAGCAACAUUAUGGAUAUCAAGAAGUUGGAGGAGCAGGUCCUGGAGGCAGAGAUCAGCGCCCACAUGCAUGGACUGGAGGUCGACGUUGAGGAGCUGGGUGAUCUGCUGGCCAGCGACGGGGUCGGCGCGGAGGAGGGCGUGACGCUGGCUCGGGCGCUGGCGACGGUCAUCCCCUGGGCGCUGCGGACAGCCGCGGGAGGUGGGCAGAGUGCUGCGGGUUCGGGGCUUGCUGCUGCCGAAGUGCCACGUGCGGCGGCACCAGUGGACUGGGGCAAAGCAGCAACAGCCAACGCCGACGAGGCUUGGGAGGCGGAGUUGCGAGAGGGUCUCGAGGACAUUUUCGAG